CCGAUUACGGUCAACAUAUCCCUGUCCGCCUUGGCGCUUCUGGAAUUCAACAUGACAGCACCAACCGACAUCUUACAUCCAACACUCGUCGUACACAAAGCAUGGCCACUCCCCGGCUCCCCUUCCUAUGGCCCAUGCUAUGGAAGCCGCAAAACGCGCCCCGGACACGCCCGCGCGCCCGCGCGCCACGCUCGAAACGCGCGUUCGCAACAACGCCCUCCCGCUGCAUCGAAGCACCCAUACAGCGCUACGGCACCGCCCACGAACCCGCACCGCACCUGCGCUCGCAGCCCGAGAAGAAAGACGACCCCGUGCCGCCAAAGAUCCCGCACGACCCCGCAAAGGAUGUAGAAGAAGACGACGAAGAGCCCGAGGGCCACCUGCCCACAGAACCCCCAGCUACACCCGCACAGCCAGGCGCAACCGAGGAAGCGCCCCAGAAACAUGAACCCCCCGCGGCCCCCAAGACAGGCGAACAGAAACCGCUGGACUCCGUGCUGCACAUGCCCGGCCCCAGCGAGGAAGAGCACAAACCGCCACACCUCAAGACGCCGCCGUACGUGCACCACUUCGACACAUACGGGCUGGUCCAGCAGCUCUCGAAAUCCGCCUACACGGACGCGCAGUCCAUAACGCUGAUGAAAGCCGUGCGCGGCCUGCUCAUCUCCAACAUGAUGCUCGCGCGCGAGGGCCUUGUCUCCAAGAGCAACGUUGAGAACGAAACGUAUCUGUUCCGCGCGGCGUGCGCGGAGCUGCGGACCGAGAUCGGCAACACGCGCAGGGGCGAGGUGGAUAAGUGGCGCUCCGAGCGCGUACAGCUGCAGCACGAAGUGGAUAUUCUGGGGCAGAAGCUGGGGCAGGAGACGGGCAGCGUCAAGGACGAGCUCAAGGGCCUCUUCGACGAUAGGAAAAUGGCCGUGCGCCAGGAGCAGAGGAGCAUGGAGACCAAGGUCCAAGAGCUCAACUACCAAAUCACGAUUAAACUCAACUCGGACGCGCGAUCCGAGGUCGAGGGCCUGCGCUGGGUGCUCACGCGCCGCAUCGCCAUGGGUAUCGCGACCAUGGCGACCAUGGUCGUUAUCCUGCUGCAGCUCAACUCGAGCCGCAAGCACGAGCACAAGGAGGAGCAGAAGAAGAAGGAUGACGCUGGAAAGAACGGCGGCAGUGGCGAUGGAGGGAGGGGGUUGGAGCCGCAGAGGCUGGGCUUGAGCAACAUCACGGCGGUCGGAGCGCCGGGACAAGAAGAGGCGCUGGGUGGGGAAUUGUUGGCUACUGAGGGUGUGAGUCUGGGGUAGUGGGGUGGGCUUGAGAUGUGUAGGGGGGGUUCCAAGGAGCAGAGAUAGCUUCCAAAGACGCC